AGUAAUUUAAAGGGUAAUAGAAAGAAUGUUUUUGUUGCUCUUGUUGUCCUGUGUCACAUGACUUAGUCAUGUUCACACUUGAUAAAAAUAUCUUUUACGAAUUAGCUUUGAUUUAGAUUUGCUUUCUUGUGGAUUUGAAAAGGAGUUUGAGCCACACCAGCAGAGCAAGUCUCAUGUACUUAUACAAUUUACUGGUCCCAUUUGGAAUUUCCAAUAACCACCUCUCUCAUGCUUUAUUGUAGUCUCUUCCCCUCCUCAGAGUAAAUCACUCCUAUCGUUUUUUAUGGCAAGGCCAAUUCUCUCUUUCAAUCACUUUGCAGGCAAGAAGAAAAAGCGAGGAGCUUAAGAGUGAACUGUCAGAUUCUAGCAAGCGUAACUCCAUAGCAACUGAUUCUGGAAGUAAGCGAAGCAGUCUUUUCUCACCUGAGAGUGAUGGCGGGGAAUCACCCAGGAAGCUAUCCCUCAAGUCUUCUGCUCAGGCUGUAAGAUUCAUGAACAAGAGCAAACAGCAGAGUGAUGCAGGUUCAGGCUCAGAUCAGAGUGACAGUUCUUCAACUCCAUUAAACAAAUCCACCACACCGACUCAAACAUCACCAGCUGUUGAGAUUACUCAAGAUAAGUCCAGUGAGAGUUCUUCAAGGAAGUCUUCUCUUUCCCGCAAGGAUUCCAAAUCUGACAAGAGGAAGAGCAGCAUGAAGGAGAAAAACGCUGGAGGAACACCAGAAAAAUCUAUAAAAUCCAAGUCUCCUGAUAAACCUCAAGCUGUCAUUGAGCCAGCUGAGAAAACAAGGACAACAGAGGACAGUUCAGAAAAGAAACAAAGUGUUACAAAAGAAACAACAGAUAACCAAGGUAAAUGGAGGGGCACAACAGCUGUUGAGAUGGUAGACAUGGCCACCCAGAGUGAGACUGAAGACUUGAGUGACAUUGAGAGCAAUGCCCAGCAGAAUUCUAGGAAACCGUCUUUUCUGCAAGUUGUUCCGGAGGAAGAAGACGAGGACGAUGAAUUGGAAUCACUUUCUAAAGAACAUCUUAUGCAGAAACUAGAAGAUUACAAGGUUACGGCGCAAGAGAGACAGAAGAAGCUGGAGUUAGAACUUGCAGAAUUGAAAAACAAGUAUAUGAUGAAAACGAAUUCCUUGAAAAAGCAAAAUGAGGAAUUUCAAGACAGUUUCCAAAAGGAAAAAGAAGUGUUGCUUAGCAGGAUAAAAGACGCCGAGCUACUCAAGGAACAAGCGGAAAAAGAGGCUGAACAGGCAGUCUUGCAACUGGAAGAAUACCUUUCAGAACAGGAGGAAAUGAAAAAACUAAGGGAGAAGGCUUUACAAGACAAACACGAAGAGCAGACCAUGACAGGUUUAUCACUGUACGACAGGACUGAAGAGGAGACCAUGACAAGCGGCUCAUUAUUUGACAAGCAAGAGCAGGAAACAAUGACAAGUAAAUCCUUAGCAAACAUGCGUGAGGAACAGACCAUGACCUCCAUGUCCUUGGGAACCGAACAGGAGGCCACCAGGCAUCAUUCAGUUGGAAGCCAGUCGUCCCGUCAAUCAUCCGCUCAUUUGAUUGACACUGGAACAGAAGAGCAAGUUGCUGGAAGGGAACUUAGCCCACGUGACAGUGGAUUUGACGGGGCUGCUUCAAGCCUUAAAUUUGACUCCAGACCAAGCUCGGGCACAGCUAAAUUGGAAACGGACGAGAAUGCUCCUCGUGAAUCUAAACCAGCAAUGCUGUCUCCUCCCGAGGAGAAAAGGCCUAUCAUGAGUGCGAGGGCUCGCAGACGGCUCAUAAACUCUGCUCUGACUGAGCACCCAGUGGCCCAGGAGACCAUGCGCACUUACGAAGCAGUCCUGUUGUUUAGUCGUAACAUGGUGCAGUGGCUGGAUGCUGAAGGGCUUAGUGAGGAAGCUAAUCUGGUCAAGAGCGUAAAGCCUGUCAUUCUCAACCAGGAGGACACCAUGCAAAUAAUAGAAAGUAUGCCGGAGAUCCGUAACAGUAUUUCCGAGAUUCUGAAUCAGCUGGGCACUGUUCUGUCCAGUCAGCACCUCUCCCAGUCCAUUGCUGUUGAAACAAAGAGUGUAGGACUGAUUACCGCUGAGGAAUCCGUACAGGAGCCAACUAUUCGCCCAGAGUGGCGGCCAAAAAGCUUAAAGAAGGAGGAUUUGCCAGAUAUAUCAGCCAUGGAAUCCAACUAUGUCAAAUUGCUGAAGGAAUACAACGACCUGGCUGAAGGCUACGAGCGUCUGCAACAACAUCUGGACGAGGAAACAAAGUUCCAUCAAGAACAAACCAGUCAGAAUGUAGCAGUGAUGACAGACAUGCAGGACACCAUAACACAGCUGAGAAAUCAACUGGCAGAGCUCAGGAACACACGCUCCGCUUCAUCUGGGGUAUACAUUACUGAAAUUUAACUUGCUAUCUACAUGUAUAAUAAGACUUUAUCGACUGAAAAUAACUACAAGCCAACCGUCAGAUUAAGGAUACCGGACCUUUGGCCAGUUGGGUCCAGUCGUUAUUGUAGGCUGUCACUUUCCGCGCGUUUCACCGGUUACAUUCUUUCCUGCUCUUCCUACUGGCUACAUUUUCUCCCGUGCUUUUCAGCAUUGAAAUGUUUUUCCGCGCUUUUCACUGGUUUCAUGUUUUCCCGCGCUUUCGAUCGUUUACUCCUUACAGGUUACAUGUUUUCCCGCACUCUCUACUGCUUACUUGUUUUGCAACAGCGGGGCCUGCAAAGGGAUAUACCCAUCACUGC